AUGAAGGUCAAGGUACAUAAUUAUAAUUACAGUCUUGACUUUGUCCACUUUAUCAAGGAGUACGAUAGACAGCGUGGCGACAACACUGUCCAUGAGUUACCUGCAGACUUUUAUUCAACAUCAACAUCAACAACAUCAACAUCAACAAACAAUAACAAUAAUAAUAAUAACAAUAAUAAUAAUAAUAAUAGUAACAAACAACAACAAACACCAAAGACUUUGAAGAAACAAGACAAAGCAUCAACAUCUUCAUCAAACUUACUACUUCUUCAAAAUCAUGAUGCGCUGGCUCUGACAACGACUCAGCCACCCAACACACCAACUACACCUGCAGCCAACAGCAGCAAUGCUGUAGCCAAUAACAACAACAACAACAACAAUGGACGACGCACUUCCAUUGCACCAUCACCAAGCCACACAUCGCCAACACUCUCCGCGUCACUCUUAUCAGCGUCAUCUGGAAACAUUGUUGUCACAUCACCCGAGUUGCUCUCUGCACACCCAUUGCUCUCGAUGCCCCUGCAGUUGCCUCCACCGAGGAGGGGACCUGGCCGUCCCAAAAAGGCAGACCAGGAGCAGCAGCGUCGCUACGAAGAGCAGCAGUCCCUGUUGGCGCAGCUGCAGGCGCUCGUGCCAAUGGACGAUGACCUGAGGAACUCUAUCCCAGCGCUGGCCGAAAUGGAGCAGCAUCGUCAACAGCAGAAUCAUCAGCGACAACAGAACCAACAGAUACUCCAUCAACAACAGCACCCACAUCAACCUCAAGGUGGUCAAGGUCACCAGCCGCAACAAUCACAGCAGCAAGGCAAACGAAAGAGCAAUGUACAAAUGACAAAGGAUGACGAGGAGCACGAGACUGAGGACGAAGAUGCCGAGGAGGAAGAUGAGAGCGCGUCAGAGUUGCUUAGUAGUGAUGACCACAUCAGACCAACGACCAAGACGACAAACAGCAUGAAGAGGAAGCGCAGUGGACGAAGAGCAUUGAGUGAUGAGGAUCACUCUGUUGACGAUGAUGACGACGAGGAGGAGAGUAUGCAGAGCUCAGACAGCGAGCAUCUGUUGAUCGACAAGAAAGAGAAGGAGAAGGAGAAGGAGAAGGAGCAGCAGAUUCAGGAGGCCAACAGGAGAAGGAGGUCAGAGUACACAUUCGACCCAAGCAGCAGCAGUAUCACACCGACGUUGGUACACACGACUGGAGCCAGUGGUAGUGUACCAGGAGGUAUGAGGACAAGGGGCAGGAGUGCGAUGCUCCAACAUGAUGAGCCCUCGACCACUGCGGAGCCAGAGAAAGAUGCCAAGACAAUGGCUGCACCUGCGACCCCAACACAAUUGCCUCAGCGAGGUCACGGAAGACAGGCAUCCACGACCUCCGCACCAGCUACACCUGGUGCCCCCGCCACACCGACCGCCACAUCGGCAGUCACUUCCGCCCCAUCCACACCUGCUGCACCAACCGAGUUAAAGGUUGCAGCAAUGACGCCAACUACUACUACAACAACACCUAUUACCACAACACCCAACACAACAACGGCACCAGCUACGCCAUCUACACCAUCCACACCUGCAGAGGCAGUGGCAAAGGGUGCAGCAGCACCAUCACCAGCCAAUCCAUUGGAGAAGAGGAGAGGACCAGGUCGUCCAAGAAAACAUCCACGACCAGACGAUCAGCCAGCUGCCAAGUAA